AUGAAUGCGAAUGUCGAGCCACUGAUGAAUGAGAAUGUCAAGCCACUGAUGAAUGCUAAUGUCGAGCCACUGAUGAAUGAGAAUGUCGAGCCACUGAUGAAUGCUAAUGUCGAGCCACUGAUGAAUGAGAAUGUCGAGCCACUGAUGAAUGAGAAUGUCAAGCCACUGAUGAAUGAGAAUGUCGAGCCACUGAUGAAUGAGAAUGUCAAGCCACUGAUGAAUAAGAAUGUCAAGCCACUGAUGAAUGAGAAUGUCAAGCCACUGAUGAAUGAGAAUGUCGAGCCACUGAUGAAUGAGAAUGUCGAGCCACUGAUGAAUGAGAAUGUCGAGCCACUGAUGAAUGAGAAUGUCAAGCCACUGAUGAAUAAGAAUGUCAAGCCACUGAUGAAUGAGAAUGUCAAGCCACUGAUGAAUGAGAAUGUCAAGCCACUGAUGAAUGAGAAUGUCAGGCCACUGAUGAAUGAGAAUGUUGAGCCACUGAUGAAUGCAAAUGUCGAGCCACUGAUGAAUGUGAAUGUCAACCACUGA